AUGGAUAAUCCGAUUGGUGUUCUUAAAAUUAGGAUCAAAAGAGGGUUGAAUCUGGCUGUUCGUGAUUCAAAAGCAAGCGAUCCUUACGUUGUGAUCAAGACGGAUAAACUGAGAGUCAAGACUCGGUUUGUGAAAAAGGAUUGCAACCCCGAGUGGGAUGAAGAAUUCGAUUUUCCCAUUUAUGAUCCUGAGCUUCCCGUUAGGGUGAAAGUAUAUGAUCAUGACACGUUUACAUUGGAUGACAAAAUGGGAUAUGCGGAAAUUGACGUGAAACCGAUUUUGGAGGCACUAAAUAUGACAAAGGAAAACCAUCACCCGAGUGGCACUGUUUUAACUACAAUACAACCCAUUCGAACAAAUUUCUUGGCUGAAGAAAGCAAUAUUAUGUGGGAAAACAACAAAAUCUUUCAAGAAAUGUGUCUCAGAUUGCGAAUGGUGGAACGUGGUUUAGUUGAACUCGAAGUGACUUGGAUUAAUAAUCCGGAUCCUGGUAGUAACACUUAGCCAUUAUUUUUGUUUUAUCUAUAAAAGGAAAUGAUGAUAUAUUUGGGAAAUAGAAGGACAAAAAAAUA